CCUAGAAGGAGCAAGGCGGUUUGGGAGGGGGGUGUGUGACGUGACAGAGGGGAGUAUAAAGUCCAGGGUGCUACGCUGGAAGCUGAGGUUGUUGUGCUCUCCGAGAGCUUUGCCUGUCCUGGUGCUGAGUGCAGGGCAGUGGCGGAUAGAGACGAGGGCAGGCAGAGCAGAGCUCUCCUGCAGGAGACAUGAGACCUUAGAGGAGCCAUCGGGGGCAGCUCGCAAGGACCCUUCCUUACUGGCAGACGUGAGGAACGAUGAACUGGGCCGGUCUCUAUACGGUGCUGAGUGGGGUGAACCGCCACUCCACUGCCAUCGGGCGCAUCUGGCUCUCCGUCAUCUUCAUCUUCCGGAUAAUGGUGCUGGUGGUAGCAGCUGAGAGCGUCUGGGGAGACGAGAAAUCUGCCUUUACCUGCAACACUCAGCAGCCUGGCUGCAACAGCGUCUGCUACGACCACUUCUUCCCCAUCUCCCACAUCCGUCUGUGGGCCCUGCAGCUCAUCCUCGUCACCACACCAGCCCUCCUUGUGGCCAUGCACGUGGCCUACCAGCAGCACCAGGAGAAGAAGCUGCUGGUGCUGACGGGGCACGGGGACCCCAAGCACAUGGAAGAGGUGAAGAAGCACAAGAUGCGCAUAUCAGGUUCGCUGUGGUGGACGUACGUCUGCAGUGUGGUCUUCAGGCUGCUCUUUGAGGCUGUGUUCAUGUACAUCUUCUACAUGCUAUACCCGGGCUACCAGAUGGUACGGCUAGUUAAGUGUGAGGCUUACCCCUGCCCCAACAUCGUUGACUGCUUCAUCUCCCGGCCCACUGAGAAGACCAUCUUCACAGUCUUCAUGCUGGUCACCUCCAGCAUCUGCAUUGUCCUCAACAUGGCGGAGCUGGUCUACCUGGUGGUGCGGGCCUGUGCCCGUCGAGGCCAGCACAACUCCAACCCUUCGUCAGGGAAGGGCUCCUUCUACGGGCACAAGCUCUCCUCUGAGUACAAGCAGAACGAGAUCAACCAGCUGCUGACAGAGCAGGAUGGCUCCCUCAAGGACAUGUUGCGCCGCAACCCCAGCCUGCAGGAGAAGGGCGACCGCUGCUCUGCCUGCUAGGGCCAGCACUACGGGGUCCCCAGCCCUCAUCCCUGUCCCACAGCUGCCCCAUGGCCCUGUGCUGUCCCUGUCCAUGGACAGCAUCCCUCAGACACCGAUCUGGCCAGGAGAGCAUCUCGGGCCAUUAAAUCUCUGUUCUCA